AUGUACCAAGCAAUCCCCUACAGCAGCACCCGGCCCUGGGCCCGCCCGUCGCCGGCGGCGGAGCCGGCCGUGGCCGUCAAGGCGGAGACCGCGGAGGCGGCGGCGUCCCGGGAGGACGCGGCGGGGGUUGAGAGGGCGGUGUCGGAGAGCCCGGUCGUGGUGGUGGGGAGGCGGGCCUGCUGCCUCACCCACGUGGUGAAGCGGCUGCUGCAGGGGCUCGGGGUCAACCCCGCCGUGCACGAGGUCGCCGACGAGGCCGCGCUCGCCGGGGUCGUGCCGGACGGUGGGGAGGCAGCGGCGCUCCCGGCGGUCUUCGUCGGCGGGAAGCUCCUCGGAGGCCUCGAUCGCCUCAUGGCCGUCCACAUCUCCGGCGAGCUCGUGCCCAUCCUCAAGAAGGCCGGCGCCCUCUGGCUCUGA